GACAAACAGCUGAAGCAACAAAGACCUCUCAUUACGCCGCUUGCGUAUGCAUUUGUACCUAGACUGUGCGUUGGUAAAUGUUGCUUUAGUCUUGACGGGCAUUGUAGAUCGAUCUUACGUUGAUGCCCAUCUCGGUUCGCCGCGAGGGCAUCUUUACCAUCGGAAAUCCCAUAGCGGAGUGCACCCUCGAGAAGAAGCCUAUGCCUUGAAAUCAGUCCUUAACCUAGCGCUACGUACCUUGAGUAGGUACCUAGGUACCUGCUUUGGCUUGACUUGAUUCAUCAAAAACCGUAUGUUGACAAGCAAUGGAAUAUCAUAUUCAAUCGGGACAUGCAAACAUAUCUUUCAUCGAAAACACAAAUGCUUUUUUGGGAAAGUUUCCAGCAUGUUUCUAAGGUUUUCAAAGACAUUCCAGCUGUACUGUAUGUACCGAUGUAGUCUUGGCACCAAGUCGAGUCCUACCCAAUUAGGGUUAGUCAGGGACCCCUGUCUACCAUGGACAGGUGGAACGCGUCCG